GUCUAAUUCCAUAUCCCAACUCAAACGUUAGCUGCGCUGGGAAGCUUUGGGCCGACCGGAAUACGAUGACGAUAGACGACGUGAGCUCCAUAUACGUCGGCGGUUUACCGUACAGCACAACCGAAGAAAGUCUCCGGGAAAUCUUCAACAUCUACGGUUCCGUCGUCGACGUCAAGAUAAUUAAUGACCAAAAUGUCAGGGGAAAGUGUUAUGGUUUUGUCACAUUCACAAAUCCUCGAUCUGCUCAGCAGGCUAUUGCUGAUAUGGAUGGACAGACCAUUAAAGGGCGGGUCAUAAGAGUGAAUGAUGUCAGGACCAGGGGCAGGUCAAAUUUUGACCAUCAGAGUUCUCAUCGUCACACUAAGAGAGGGCUGGAUAGUGAUAAGGACAGCUGGGAAAGAGAUGAUGGUUAUGAUUAUGAUAGACUUAGGGAUGGUCGUAGGGACCGUUCUCGAGACCGUGAUCAUAACAGGGAGAAGGGGUACCCGAGAGUGCAUAAUCCGGAUCUAGAAAGAGAUUAUAAUGUGGAUAGAGAUAAAGCUGAAGAAUACAAAAGAGAUAUAGACGUUGAACGAGAACGUCAAAGGAAUCAUGGUGACAGCUUUGAAAGAAUUAGAGAUCACCGUAGAAAGAGGCAGAAGAAUGACGAUAAUCGUGCAAGCAGAGACAAUGAUCUAACUUCUAAGUUACCUAAUGGGUCUGGUACUGAUCACUAUGAUAGAGAUCGUUCUCCUGAAUCAAGUGAAAAAAACCAUGAUCUGGCUGAAAAGCAACUGGAUGUUUCAAAUAGAAAGCUUGAAGAACUUCAAAACAAGAUACCUCAGAUUGAGGAAAUGGUGCAGGAGAAGACAAAGCUAGUUUCAGAGUUACAUGAAAAGCUCCAGAAACUGGAGGAUUCACUGCAAGGUGUGAAGAAGCUUAGGUCACAAAGGCAGCACCAAGUAUCUAAGCUACUCAAGUGUUAUCUCCAUGUAAGGGAUUGUGGUGAAAGACUUAAAGUUUCUGAGCAGGAGCUUCAGUCGCUUGUCCACUCAACAAUGCUGGAUAUGGAAUGCGAUGGUGGUUUCAGUUUGAAUGAUGCAUUCUGAGUAGCAAGGUUUUUUUAGAGGACAAUAGACAUGGAAAACAUUGGCUUUACAUUCUAACCCAUGGCAUUUGGUACAUACAAUUGUACUUAUACACUGAUGCAUGGUAGGAUUUCCAAUAUCAUUGCUACUGAAACAAAAGGAAAAAGAAGUCAUUUGUGUUGAAUAGUCAGUACUUCCCUCUGGACACAGGCAGAUUAUUGAUUUGGCUGUCUAAGGUGUGUGAAGAGGAAAUUAGACUAGAGAGUAAUGGUGAUUCUACUAAACUUAGUAAAGUGUGUUUGUUUGAAGGAGAGGGGAAAGUAUUAUGUUUUGGUUCAAGAGGGAAGAGGAGGAGAUGCAAUAACUAAUUUACCAUUAUACCCUCGAUACAUUUGUCUUGUUUUUUUUUAUCAGGACUCAAUGAUUUUUGGGUAAGCAGCCCAUUUGCAUUAGUAUAUACUCCUAAUUAAACGUCUUUUUUUCCU